AUGUGGAAACGUGACGAAAUAAUCAAUAAUAAUUUGAAUGUUCUCUUCGUAAAAACUCCAAAAAAUCGAAAUUUGAACAUUGAUUAUUAUACAGAGAAUUUGAACAAUGAAAUGAAUAAUAGUUCGAUUGAUGGGUUGAUUAGGCAAAUCGCAUUAAUUCAUUUACAACAUUCAUAUAAUUCAUAUCAUCCAAACUCCACUGGUUUCACUUACGAAAGUUCAUCUCGUAUUGGAGCUGUUAGCUUUAAUAUAAAUCAAGAUGAGUUUCGUAUUUGUUCACCAUAA